AUGUCUGGUCUUAGAGAUAUACGUGUGGUUGUGUCAAUCGACUUUGGCACGACGUUUUCUGGCUUUGCGCUCGCACACGUAGAUGCUAAACAUAAUAUCGAAGUCUUUAAUAGCUGGCCCAAUGGCGAGUUGAUGCGACCAAACCAAACCAAAGUUCCGACUAUACUGCUGUAUAAUCAGAGUUUAGAAGUAGUUGGAUGGGGAAAUACUGCGGUAGCGCCUGGGGGACUGUACGGAGGAGCAAGCCAAAGAAGUUCUGAUUCCCAUUUCCUGGCAGAACAGUUCAAGCUCUAUUUUUCAACCCAAGAACAUAUCCCCAAGCCACUCUUGCCUAAUAAACUCGAAUUUCUCAAAGCCAUCACGGAUUAUUUGAUAAAGUUACGAGAGAUCAUACAAGAUAGAGUCAAAAAUAAAUGGAGAGGAACCGUCGCCUUUCCCGAUCAAGUCCGUCUAGUAAUGACGCUACCAGUAGAUUGGCCACAAAAAGCCUUGGUAGAUAUGCGUAAUUGUGCCCUCGAGGCUGGGUUAAUAUCGGAGAGGCACUCGGACAAUUUGGAAUUCGUGACAGAGCCCGAGGCAGCAGCCUUGUACUGCUUGAAAAACUGUGCCGAGUAUGAAUUAAAUCCUGGAGACGCAUUCAUGAUAGUCGACUGCGGCGGCGGUACAAUCGAUCUGACGACAAGAUACUUGAUGCAAAAUGGAGGGCUCGGAGAAGAGACUGAAAGCACUGGCGAAGCAUGUGGAGGCUCCUUUGUCGACCGCGAGUUUUUAAAAUUUAUCGGUGAUAAACUUGGCAUCACCGAAAAGAAAAUGGACGAACUGCGUCGAGAUCACUAUACUCAGUUUCAAAGAAUGUUGGAAGGAUUUGUAUUUAGCGUGAAAUCUCGGUUUAACGGCAAUGAAGAAGAUUUCGGAUAUACGUCCAUGUUGCAUCUUCAAUCAGAAUGUAAGAUCCUCGUGGAGAAUGUACACGCUGACAAAAAGCUAGAGAUGGAGAAAUCGCGGUGGUCGAUUCCAUUUGCGUUUAAAGACGUAAAGCAAAUGUUUGAUACGGUGGUCGAGAAGAUAUUGCGACUGAUCAAGGAGGAAAAUCGAGGCAAUAUUUAUGGUCGGCGGCUUCAGUUCAAGGAGAAAGUCAGAAUCAUUGCGACGCCAAUGAAUCCAAUCUCUGCGGUUGUCAAGGGCGCAUUGCAUUAUGGACUCGAAUUCGAAGAUGACCCCAACAAAGCCAACUAUGGCUUAAACAAAACCAUAAAGACACGCAGGCUUAAAUGUACUUACGGAACCGAUGUUCUUGAUCCGGAUAUUGAUCCGAUUAUUAGCAUUCUCACCGGCAGCUCCAAAAUGUUCUCUCUUAUAGCCAAGCGCGGAGACGAAAUUGCAGCCGAUCAGGCAUUCAAGGAGACAUACACUCCUGUGAGAAGAAAUCAGACCGAAAUGAGCAUGAACUUGUAUUGCACACGUAGAUUUGACGUAAAGUUCGUUAACGAAGAAGACGUGACGCUCUUGAAAAAGUGGUCUAUCACCCUGCCUCCGCUAAAGACAGAUGAAUUACUACCACGGGUCGAGCUGUCAUUGAUGUUUGGCAAGUUGGAAGUAGCAGCGACGGCAUUCAAUAAAAGAACUGGAAAGAAAUGUCAAGUACAAUGCAAUCUUCCUGAAGCAGACCGCUGUUAA